ACCACCAGAGGAAGGGCUGCUGGGCACACACCUAUGUCAAGACUGAGUCCCAAGGAGAACGCCUGAUCCACCAUAGAGCCAUUGAGGGAUCUAGGUGGUUCAGAGUCUGGUGUGUUUCCGUUUGGUUCCACUUCCACUACAGCUUGGAAUCCUGUGAAGAGAUCUGCCAUGGUGGCUUUGUCAAUGGCUCUCACUUUCCUGCUGGUUCUGGACACAGGGGACAGCGAGGUGGAUACCAAGAUCCCACCCUCGGGGGAUGCCACAGAAUGGUCUCCUGACCAGCCUCUGCUGGGAUCCUGCCAGCCAGCUCCCUCCUGCCAGAAGUGCAUUCUGUCACACCCUAGCUGUGCGUGGUGCAAGCAACUGAACUUCUCGGCCCCGGGGAUGGCGGAGGCGCGGCGCUGCGCCCGGCGGGAGGAGCUGCUGGCUCGCGGCUGUCCGCCGCAGGAGCUGGAGGAGCCGCGCGGCCACCAGGAGGUGCUGCAGGACCAGCCGCUCAGCCAGGGCAUCCGCGGCGAGGGGGCCACCCAGCUGGCGCCGCAGCGGGUGCGGGUCACGCUGAGGCCGGGGGAGCCCCAGAAGCUCCGGGUCCGCUUCCUUCGAGCCGCGGGAUAUCCGGUGGACUUGUACUACCUUAUGGACCUGAGCUACUCCAUGAAGGAUGACUUGGAACGCGUGCGGCAGCUCGGGCAUGCCCUCUUGGUCCGGCUGCAGGAGGUCACCCAUUCCGUGCGCAUUGGUUUCGGCUCCUUCGUGGACAAGACGGUGUUGCCCUUUGUGAGCACAGUGCCCUCCAAGCUGCUCCACCCCUGCCCCAGCCGGCUGGAGCGCUGUCAGCCACCCUUCAGCUUCCGCCACGUGCUGUCCCUCACUGGGGACGCUCAGGCCUUUGAGCGCGAAGUGGGGCGCCAGAGUGUGUCCGGUAACUUAGACUCACCUGAAGGCGGCUUUGAUGCCAUUCUGCAGGCUGCCCUUUGUCAGGAGCAGAUUGGUUGGAGAAACGUGUCCCGGCUGCUGGUGUUCACUUCAGAUGACACAUUCCACACAGCUGGGGAUGGGAAGUUGGGUGGCAUUUUCAUGCCCAGCGAUGGGCACUGCCACUUGGACAGCAAUGGCCUCUACAGUCGCAGCCCAGAGUUUGACUACCCCUCUGUGGGUCAAGUAGCCCAGGCCCUCACUGCGGCAAAUAUCCAGCCCAUCUUUGCCGUCACCAGUGCCAUACUUCCGGUCUAUCAGGAGCUGAGCCAGCUGAUUCCCAAGUCAGCCGUGGGGGAGCUGAGCGAGGACUCCAGCAACGUGGUGCAGCUCAUCAUGGACGCUUAUGAUAGCCUGUCAUCCACUGUGACUCUCGAGCACUCUUCACUCCCUCCUGGGGUCAACAUCUCUUAUGAGUCUCAGUGUGGGGGUUCUGAGAAGAGAGAAGGUGAGGCUGGACAGCGAGGACAAUGCAACCAUGUCCAAGUUAACCAGACGGUGGAUUUCUGGGUUACUCUCCAAGCUACUCACUGCCUGCCAGAGCCUCAUCUCCUGCAGCUCCGGGCUCUUGGCUUCUCGGAGGAGCUAACUGUGGAGUUGCACACACUGUGUGACUGCAACUGCAGCGACACCCGGCUCUAUGCUCCCUACUGCAGCAACGGCCAGGGGCACCUACAGUGUGGGGUAUGCAGCUGUGCCCCUGGCCGCCUGGGUGAGCUGUGUGAGUGCUCUGAGGCAGAGCUGUCCUCCCCAGAUUUGGAGUCUGGGUGCCGGGCCCCCAAUGGGACAGGGCCCCUGUGCAAUGGAAAAGGAAGAUGCCAAUGUGGACGUUGCAGUUGCAGUGGACAGAGCUCUGGGCGUCUCUGCGAGUGUGAUGAUGCCAGCUGUGAGAGGCAUGAGGGCAUCCUUUGUGGAGGCUUUGGCCACUGCCAAUGUGGAACAUGCCACUGUCAAGCAAACCGCACGGGCAGAGCAUGUGAAUGCAGUCAGAAUGUGGAUGGCUGUGUCAGCCCCAAGGGAGAGCUCUGCAGCGGGCAUGGAGAGUGUAAAUGUAACCGCUGCCAGUGCUUGGAUGGCUACUACGGGGCUCUGUGUGACCAGUGUCUAGGCUGCAAGACGCCAUGUGAGAGAUACAGGGACUGUGCGGAGUGUGGGGCCUUUGGCACUGGUCCUCUGGCCACCAACUGCAGUGUGGCUUGUGCUGAUGUGAACGUGACCCUGGCCUUGGCCCCUAUGUUGGAUGAUGGCUGGUGCAGGGAGAGGACACCAGACAACCGGUUGUUCUUCUUUCUGGUGGAGAAUGAGGCUGACGGGGUCUUGCUGAGAGUGAGGCCCCAAGAGAAGGGAGCAGAUCACACGCAGGCCAUUGUGCUAGGCUGUGUAGGGGGCAUCGUGGCAGUGGGACUGGGGCUCGUCCUGGCUUACCGGCUCUCCGUGGAGAUCUAUGACCGCCGGGAAUACAGCCGCUUUGAGAAGGAGCAGCAGCAACUCAACUGGAAGCAGGACAACAAUCCUCUCUACAGAAGUGCCAUCACAACCACUGUCAAUCCCCGCUUCCAAGGGGCAGAUGCGCCCACUCCCUGAGGGCGCAGGGGACUCAUCUAAGGCUCUUUUGUCUGGGAGGACAUUGGAAGUGGCGGAACAGGGUCUGUCAUGCCGAGGUUUGCUGGAGGACUACUCUGUUGCCGAGGACUGGUUGCCACGUACCUUCAUUUCAGUGGCUUAGAGGGUUUCUACCUACUCUGAGACCCUGAUCCCCACUUCACAAAGAGCUGAGGUUUUCCUACCCAAGUGAACAAUAAAGUCUUACCCCAGA